AUUGCUCUUUGAUUAGCUUUCCUUAUUCUUUGCAGACAUUUAACUGAAAACAUGGAACUUUUAUUUGCAUACCAGUAUCAGCAAGCAUUAAGGAGAGAAAGAGUGUACAGGGACCCACUAGAUUUAGUACAUAUUUCUGAUCAGGAACUUAUUAGAAAAUACCUGUUUCCACGUCAUGAAAUCAUUAAUCUGGCUCAGGAAUUAGAACCACUGCUGCAGAGAAACACAUCAAGAUCCCAUGCUAUACCUGUCAUUACACAAAUUUUGGCUACCCUUCGCUUCUUUGCAAGUGGAUCAUUCCAAAAUGUACUUGGUGACUCCAGUGGAUUAUCCCAACCAAGUGUGAGCAACGUUAUCACAUCUGUGACGAAUAUUCUUUCACAAAAAUCUUUAAAUGAAAUCAAAAUGCCUGCAGGUGUUAUUUCACUCCAGCAAAGCAUGAGGGAUUUUCAUGCCUUAGCUGGCUUUCCAAGUGUCAUUGGAGCAAUUGAUUGUUUCCACAUGCCAAUCAAAGCACCUGUGGAUGAUGAAGCCAUCUUUGUUAACAGGAAAAAGUAUCAUUCAAUAAACAUUCAAGUUGUUUGUGAUGCUAACAGAAGGAUUCUCAAUUUUAACGUCAGCUACCCUGGUAGCACUCGUGAUGCUUUCAUCUGGAGGAACUGUGCUCUACGAGCCAGAUUUCAACGUGGAGAAUUUGGAGAUGGCCUGCUUUUGGGAGAUAGUGGUUAUCCCCUUGAGCCAUUCCUGAUGAUACCAUUUGCCAACCCUGCAUUGCCAGCUGAGCAAGAGUACAACAGAAGCCACACAAGAACUAGAGCGAUCAUUGAACAAACUUUUGGAGUCCUGAAGUCAAGAUUCAAAUGCUUACACAAAUCAGGUAGAAACCUCCAAUAUGAGCCUUUGAAAUUUGCCAGGAUUAUUGCAGCCUGCUUGUUACUUCACAACCGCUGCAUUCUUAUGAACCUACCAAAUCCUGAUGAUUAUGAAGAGAGAAGAGACAACAUGGAGCCUGAAGAAGAACAAGGUCAUGAUGAAGGAGAAAAAGGUCUUGGCAGGCAAGUUCGCCAGACACUUGUUCAGAAUUAUUUUUGAUCCAUGAACCAACAGUUCAUGUCGUGGAAACCAAUUGUAAUUUAACAUUUCUUUACAAGGGAAAGCAUUAUGAUAUUUUGCUUUUUAUCUAUAAUGAAGGCAAGUCAUAUGAAGAAAGAUUAAUGACUAUGAAGCUUCUGAGCCUCUGUUAUUGACAUCUGCAUCAGACCUCAUUGAAGCAUACAAAUAUACUCAUGGCUUAUACAAGGUCCCAG